GCCUGUCCUACAAUUGUCAACUUUUCAAGUUGGAUCAACACGAUUCCAAAUUUUAGCCAAAAAUUCUAAAUUACUAAAUUCUUGCAGGAAAUGUCGGGACCUCACUUCGUCGAUUGGCAGGCGUGUUUUCGGCCUGAGUGUUUAUAUUCCCCCUCUCGCCUUAUUAAAAUGACACACAUACCCCUCCCUGGAGAAAUCCUAUAGAAUGGAGAGAGGCGAGGGAAUGAUUGCCAUAGUACGCGGGCUUAAAGACGCCAGUCUCGCGGUCACAUUGCUGGAUGGAGACAACAAAUAUACACUGAAACCAGAUAAUGUAUCGAGGAUCGGUUCACCUCCAGUUCAGUCCUCGACAGUGCAGUGCGAAAAUUUAGGGAGCCGGUCUGAUAGUGGAGUGCAAGCGACAGACGGACUGUAUGCCAGCACCUACAAGAUUAUGCAUUGUCAUGUCACGCCGACGUCACCGCUGCGCCAAGUGACAGAGUUUCCACCCCAGAGAGCUGAAUUGAGUCCUGGUCAGGGCAACUUUGAGAUCGGGGGCUGCGGCAGCGGGGAGAGACACCGUGCAAGCAGAUCAACCAACUACAGAGGUGGAUUGAGCUGGCCAGAAAGAGGAUCUGUGUACUCACCUCGGCCGUCACCCAAGAUGGACGCGUUCGCGAGCUCUCUACGGAAAUACCCGAGCUUGUCUCCAGAAAGGUCGUCAGAGAUUGUGGAGAGACUCGUCAAUUUUGCACAAAGCAGAAAUGGUUCAAUAUCAAAGAAUAGCAAGACGUGUCCAGACGGCAUGGAUUCAGACAGUUCACAGCAAAACUACAUGCUGGACCAGUCCCGGAACUGCGCUAAGACGCUCCAGCGAAACUAUGAGCCACGUGUGGUCGUCAAGUCCAAAAGACCUGAUGAAAACCAACCGCGAGAGAGAUGGGAUAAAAGAAAUGCAACUAAAGAGUUUGAGUUCACUAGCCGAGGAAACUUUGGCGUGAACAACGAGGUUAGAUACCUGCGGGAUGUUGCCAGGACUAUUCGGGAAGACAUACGGAAUGUAUUCCAAAUACAAAAUCAGCCGGAUAGGUUAUCCCCCCGAGAGAGAUCAUCGCCGGAGAGAACACUCAAGUCGCAAAAGAGUGGCCACUCGGUUAUUAAUAUGGAAACGCAAGCUGCCGUUGAGAUGGUGUCGAAGGAGAUAGUCGCAAUGCCCACGGAAGUUCCGUCGCAACGAACUGUUGCCGUAGCUGCAAUACCAUCGUCAUCAAGGGAACGAUUACCUGGAGCCACUUCAUCAGUUUUAAAUAAUCACUGGGCACAAGAAGCCAGCCAACCACAUACCAUUGUGACAGGGAACAAAGAUGGUAUUAAAAAUGAAAAAUAUAAACACAAAAAUAUUCGAUUGUGUAGGUCUUUGGAAGAAAUACGAUAUGAAAAAUAUAGAUCCAAAAAAUGUUUACCAGAUCAACGGGACUGUCACGAUGGACAUAAAAAUAUUAACAAUUUACGUAAUGAAAAGCAUUGCCACAGAAUUAAGAAGCCAAACAAAACUACAAAUAGUGAUUUUACUUGGAGAUUCCAACAGAGUUGCAGUGGUAUUCAGAUUUUGGAUAACGUUGAUGAAUCACCUAAAGUUAAAUCUCAGUUAUGUAAUAUUAAUUAUGAAUGCGAAGCUGACACGAUUUCUGAAAUCAUUCAAAAUUGGUUAGGAGCCCUACCUUUGAAGCCUAUUGAUUAUUUUUCGAGACCACUUGAGAAGGAAUAUUUGUUUUACGAUCUUUUUAAGAAAUUGGAACGCAAUGCAAAUAUGUUAGGACUCGAUGAAGUGAAUAAGUUAAAAGAUGAUAUAAUUGAAGUGUUACAUGAAUUUCCAGUAGAGGUGACCGGUAAUAAAGACAUUUUUUUGGAAAGAUUGGCAAAUUUACUUAUAGUAGAUAUAAAAAAAUCAAAACGAAAGAAUAAUAGUCAAGCAAAACAUGGAAGUGAUAUUUUUAACGGUUUUUGUUGUACGGAUCGUUAUAUACCUCCAACAGAAGAUGAACUUCGAAAAUUUCUUACUGAUGAAGUUAGGAUAUUUUUAAGGAAAUCAGUCUUAAAAUUUACUCUAAGUCAACGAUUAGAACUUACAGAAGACAUUUUCAAUGUUGCGAGUCAUUUUAUGGACAGCGUUCACUCUGUAAAUGAAGACAUAGUUAAGCAAGAUAUUGUGAAUAUUUUAGUAUACCAUGAUAUAUCUGCACAGGUUGCGAUACACUUCGCAAAUAUCUUAAUAAAACAUCUUAAGCGACAUUUUAUUAACCAACUAAAUAGUGGAAACCUAAGAUCCGAUACAAUUAUAGUAUUACCAAAUAUUUCAUCAACGCCAACACCUUUUAAUUCGAAAAGCGAAAAUAUAGAAGGUUCCAGAAGGCAGCCCCUUAAAGAAUCUAAUGUCCUCGAUUCAACAGAUAGUUAUACUCAACAACUGUCGGAGCAAAUUACUAAAUGGUUGAAAUCUGUAGAACAAUUUCUUCCGCAACUUCAAGAGCCAGACUUCAAUCACGCUAUCGUUCAGGAUCUAAUCAACGAUAUAUUGGAUCGACAAAGGUACCUUCAACUUCAUCCAUCGAAUUUAAGUACUGCAGAAAGUGAGUUAGAUCACUUGAAGUUUCAAAUUUUCAAAUGGAUGAAUGAUAAUAAUUUUGAACUUCUGGAGCGCGCCGAGGACUUAAUGCAACGAAUAAACAAGAUUCCAGUGCCUUCACUUCCUAUGUCUCCUAAAAGGUCACCCACAAAAUUUGAAAAUCCUGAAACAUCUUUAGGGCAUGCCAAAUCACCACAUGAAAAAGGUGCAGUUAAAACAAGUAACGACGAACUCAAUGCACAACAGACUACAGAUCCAAUGUCGGUACGGGAUAACCAAAAUAAUGAUACCCGUAUUCCAAUCAGAAAUACACCUAUACCUGUACAUGAUCAGAUCAACGAAGAAUAUUCAAGAUUUCUUCAAGAAUGGGUUCAAAAAAUACCUAUAUUGACUUCGACUGCCGAUGAAGAAGCAUUAGCUUCAAAAGCAAGAAUUGGGAUAAUUAAUGGAAUCUAUCAAGCAAACAAUAAAAUAAGAAGUACUUUAAGAUCCAAAGAUCAAUUUUUACUCGAAGACAUGCUUGAUGACGAAAUCGAAGAUCUAUUAAGUUGCCUGCCGCAAACCUUUGAGUUGAAAUCGAAAAAACACGCAUUGAAAAUUGAAUUAAUUACAAAAACAGUGGAUUUAUUUAACAAGCUUAUAGAUGAAUCAUAUAAAGAGCGAUUAGCACAAAAUGUAGAUGCCAGCUUACAGAAACAAGGACUAAAAAGUCCCUUACAUCCUGAAGAAGAGAUACAAGUCAGAAGAGUAGUUGAUAAUUUUAUACUGUUUACCAAAUACAGAGACAACGACAAGAUAAGAAGUGAAGUUUAUAGAAGAAGACUGUUGAAUGUUUUGGAAGAACUUAUUGACGAAAUAAAAAAAAAUCACACAGAAGUCACUCAAAUAGAUUAUGAAUAUUAUUUAAAUGAUAUUGUUAAUGUAUUGCAACAAGUCCCUGUUCCAGAUUAUGAAACAUUCAAUGAGGAGGCUGAUAUUAUUGCUUUAGAGAUGGAAAUUGAAAAAUGGUACAACGAUCUGCCAAUACCGAAACCUCCAAAUAAUCUGAUUGAAUUGGAAUGGAAAAAGAAGAUAGAGAAGUUAGCGAAAAAAGUACACGAAAAUAAUAAAAAAUUUGAGUCUGAGGAUUAUCGGGAUCUUAUUAUAAAGUCGGAUCUGAUGGUUUUUUUAGGAGAAGAUAUAAUGAACGAUCCAAACAUUAAUAUUAAUUAUGUAUAUCGAGAUUUUUUGGAACGUAUUAAAAACGGAAUACCAUUAAGUCAAGUGUCUAGACGCGUUUCAUUCCAAGAGCCAGAAAAUUAUAUCCAACGUGUUUCAUUUCAAGAGCCAGAAAAUUAUAACCAAUUUCAAAGUAAUGUCCCCAUUUCAUCAAGCUUAUUAGAAAAUAAAGUGUCAUCAAAUGAAGAACAGAGAGGUGAAUAUAUAAAACCGCAAACACCAAAAAUGCCCCUAACUUCGAUACGCAUCGAUGAUGAAAACGUUCGUGUUCCGACUAUGGGUCCAAUCAUGCGUGAACAUUAUCCCGUAAAACAUAAUUCUGAUUAUAAUAGAAAACAGAGUAGGCAAGAAAAUAAUCGAUCUUCCAUUGAAAAGAGUGCGAUAAUAGAAAAUAAUAACGAUUCUGAUACACAAUGGGAAAAACCAAAGUAUUACGAUCUUCUUCAUGCUCCACCCUUUGCAGAAAUCUCGGAUAGAACUGCUAAGGGAAAUGAGGAAAGCUAUAAAUUAUUUUCUGAAGAGCGACCACUUAGUUCCUCAUUAAAAGAACCAUCUAACAUAGAAUGGCACACCAUUCCUACAAGCUUUGAACGAAUGAAUCAACAAAGACACCAGAUAAAUCCAGCUCGUAGAGAAAACUUUGAUCAAUACAACGAACCAAAAAUCAAUGGUAAAUCUAAUAACAAGCCUGCUGGCAGUGGCAUAGCAGAAAAGAGGAAUGGACUACAUACCAGUCAGGUUGCGGGUCCAAGUGGAUAUAAACACCACCAACAAGGAACAUCAUCCGACUUAUCAAGAAAACAAAAUAUCGCGUAUGGUGAGAGGUUAUACCCUAAAAAUUACAGACUUCAACCACCUUAUGUUUACCCACCAAGGAAGUUUUCAAUACAAAUUCAAACUCCUGCAGAAGCCUUUAAUGAAGAAGGAGCGUUUAGAGGUACAGAUGAUAAUAUUAGGACAGUUGCCACAAAUACAUCUGCAAGAACGCCUUCGACUAGGCAACCCGAGUAUUCCAAUGAACCUAAAAUUAAAAGGUCAAAACAAGUUCCAGAUAAAGAUGGUGCAAGAAAGUAUGUAGAGUUAGAUAGUUCAGAAUAUGACGAUGAUGAUGAUCAAUAUCGGUGCCGGUGUAUCGAACGGUUUUGGAAAUAUGGAAGACGAGCCCGAUAUUACUGUGAUGGUCUGGACAUGCAAUUACCUCCCUGUAUGCCGUUUAUGUGCAAUUUUCCACGUUAUUUUUGAUUUAUUUUGUUUACAAUUUGAGUGUAUAUUUUGUAUGUCAGUGUUGUAGCGUUCGUUCAGAAUAAAUUAAUUUAUAUUA